AUGUCUUCCUGUUUUAAUCCUUUUUUAUUUAAACGACUAAGACUCCGAAACAAUAGUAUUGAAAUAUCAAAACCCAAACCACCGGCCGCAAAACCUUUACUCCCACCCAGCUUUGAGGAGGAUGAUACAAAUUCAACGGAGAAGGUUUCGAAAAUGUUAGCAAAGGCCGAAGAACGUUUGGAGGCACAAAAAUAUAAAGAAUAUGUUGAAUUACUUGAACAAACAGUUCAACUGGGAUCGGCCAAAGCAGCAGCCAAGCUUGCUUUAGUUCAUCACACAGGUUUAAAGUCGAUCGUUACGCAAGACUACGCCAUCGCCUGUGCAUACUACUUUAACGCUUUAAAAUUUUUAUACAUCAUGCCUUCAAACCAAUGGGAGAUGGAACUUUUAUUGAGCAUAAUUGCUGGGUUAUCCGAUAUCUACAGGUUUUCUAUGAAUCGUACUCGUGAUAAAGAGAUUUGGGAUUCUGGCGUAAAAGCAAUGGAACAUAUCUAUCAAAUUCUUCAAGAUCCAAUGAGUACCAAAUUCUUAACUCAUGAAGAUAUUCAAAAAGGACGUGCAGUUAGAAUUCAUAUUACAUAUGUUCUCGGUCUCACAUAUGAAUUCGAUAAAGAUUAUCAAAAAGCACUUGACCAUUUCAAAAAGUGUAAAAAUUGUGGGGGUAGCGGUUUUGCCACAGCAGACAAGCUUGUGAAAAAAUCACAAACAAAGAUUAAAGGCUUGGAACCCAAAGUACCCCGGGUUAAACCAAUUUGUGUCAAUUGUGGACAUGAACCAGAAAAUAAGAAUGAGUUAUGGUCACUGAUUGUGUGCCCAAAAUGUUUAUGUGCAUGUUGUUCCUCUGAAUGCCUUUCACAGCAUCGUUUGUCAAAACAUGAAAAUUAA